AUGCAGCCCCCGAGGUAGAGCCUGGACGGCGCUGAGGAGCGCGGUGCGGUGCGCAGCCCGCCCUCCCGAGACGGCCGUCCGGCCUCGCGCCUGACUACUCCCUCCAGCCCGGACCCCCCUGAAAUAUGUUCAGGGGCGCUUGGAUGUGGCCCGGGAAAGACGCCGCCGCGCUGACUAUCUGCUGCUGCUGCUGCUGCUGGGCUCCCAGGCAGAGCGACAAACCUUGCGCCGAUUCGGAGCGGGCGCAGCGAUGGCGACUGUCCCUGGCGUCCCUGCUCUUCUUCACCGUGCUGCUCACUGACCAUCUGUGGCUGUGCGCGGGGGCCCGGCCCCGGGCCAGGGAGCUGAGCAGCGCCAUGCGGCCACCCUGGGGGGCCGGCCGCGAGCGGCAGCCGGUGCCCUCGUCGCGCGGUGCGUUGCUGCCACCGCCACUGCUGUCGCCCGGGGCGAGCCCAGCGCGUCCGGGCACCUGCGGCCCGCGAUACAGCAACCUGACCAAAGCCGCCCCCUGCAGCCGGCUCCGGGUCGAGUUCCGCGACGGCGUCCCAGAGCCCACCGGGCUGGACGCAGCUUGCACCAAAUUGGAAUCUUUGCAGAGACUUUUUGAACCGACCACCCCGGCUCCUCCUCUGCGGCCCCCUGACUCCCCUUCCCGUGCCCCGGAGUUCCCAUCCGCCAAAAAAAACUUGCUCAAAGGCCACUUUCGGAACUUCACUCUCUCCUUUUGUGACACCUACACACUCUGGGACUUGCUGCUUGGCAUGGACCGCCCCGACAGCCUGGACUGCAGUCUGGACACCCUGCUGGGGGAUCUACUGGCUGUAGUGGCCAGCCCGGGUUCCGGGACCUGGGAGGCAUGUAGCAACUGCAUAGAGGCAUACCAGCGACUGGACCGACAUGCUCAGGAAAAAUAUGACGAGUUCGACCUCGUGCUGCAUAAAUACUUACAGGCAGAAGAGUACUCUAUCCGGUCCUGCACGAAAGGCUGCAAGGCUGUCUACAAGGCCUGGCUGUGCUCAGAAUACUUCAGUGUGACCCAGCAGGAUUGCGAGCACUGGGUGCCCUGCAAGCAAUACUACCCGGAGGUGCAGACCAGUGCCCUUCUCCUCUGCAAUGAAAAUGAAUUGUGGGAGGCCCUCCCCUGGUUUAUCUGCACAGGGUUGAUUGAUACUUCACCAAAGCGGCCGGAAACCAAGUGCUGUGACGUGCAGUGGGUCUCCUGUGAGUCGGAGAAGAAGAAGUUCAAGGACUCUGAGCCCCCUAAAACCCACCACCAGCAAUUCCACCACUCCUAUUUCCACCACUACCACCAACAGUACCACCACUACCAUCCCCGCCAUGAACCCCCAAGCCGUGUCAGCAACAAGCCCUCCCUGCUGCCGGUCUCUGGGGGCUCCCGCCUCAGCCCCAGCAGGAUCCGGCUCUGUGUCCUUGUUCUUAUGCUCCUCCAUACCGUAGUGUCCUUCUCCAGCGGCCAGGGUGAUGGGGGACUGGGGCUGGAGACACUGCCUGCCCUAGAGGAGGGGCUGACACAGGAAGAGUGACGACAGGGAGGGAGGACAAACCUCCACCACGUACUGACAUCAGCCCCAGCCCUGUUCUAGGCUGGGGGAAGGAAGCACCCCCCACAGGAGGUGUAGUAUCAGGUGGGGGUGGGGGGAGAAAUGGGGGACCAGAUAUUGUCCCCAAUCCACCCCUGCCCUAAAAACAGCUCCAACAAAAUGGCCAGAGGGCCCCCAAGGAGCUGUAAAGCUCACCCAGGAGAAAAAGGUAGGAGCAGUAGGUGUCCCCUCACAAGCCCCACCUAUGGGGCUUAGUUAUAAAAAGGGGGGAGGGGCUGGAGUUGCCCACUCCUGCCAAGAGCCCUGACCCCAGGGAAGGAGGCUGCUUACCCAGCCUCAACCCUGCAGGGAAUGUUGGGGGGCACAGAGGGGAGUAGUUCUCCCCCCUCCACAUUCCUUCCGUUGCCAAGAUCCUUAAUUCCCUCCUGCCCAUAUCCCUACAGGUGACGGCAGACAGUGUGGUUGCCCUCCUGCCACUUCAGCGCACCCUGAGUGUGGAGCUGUCACAGGAUGAGGCACACAGUGUGACAGCUAGGAAGGUGCCCCAGUUAGGCUGCCCCACCACCACCCUAGGCAAUGAGGGAUUGCAACUGGAUAUGGAAUGAGUGGUAAAAGAGAAGAAAGAUAAGGAAGGGAAGAAGAAAGGGGAGAGGUGGACAGAAAGCCCCAAGAGAUGGCUAGACUGAUGAUACCUGGCCUUUGGGAGGUGGGUGAUUAGUAUUGAGGCAGGUUCAAGAGCGGCCUCCAAAAUCAGAAGGAGGUGCAUAAAGAGAUCCCUGGGGAAAGA